GUUUAUCACGUGCCCGGAUGUGGGAAGUGGUGGCUGCACCGCUUCCCGUUCACUGCUCCACCGAGGGGCGCGUCUUAGGAGCGGCGGCCGCCCCGCCCCGUCGCCUUUCGGUUUGGGAGGAUCCGCCUGGGCACCGCCGGGUCGGCCCGGCCUCGCGCUGAGUAAAGAUGACAGCAAUCAAGCAUGCGUUACAAAGAGACAUUUUUACACCAAAUGAUGAACGCCUACUGAGUAUUGUCAAUGUCUGCAAAGCAGGAAAAAAGAAAAAGAACUGUUUUUUGUGUGCCACAGUGACAACUGAACGCCCUGUGCAGGUGAAGGUGGUCAAAGUCAAGAAAUCUGAUAAAGGAGAUUUCUACAAAAGGCAGAUUGCUUGGGCCCUUCGAGACCUUGCUGUGGUAGAUGCCAAAGAUGCUAUUAAAGAAAAUCCUGAAUUUGAUUUACAUUUUGAAAAAAUAUAUAAAUGGGUUGCCAGCAGCACUGCUGAAAAGAAUGCAUUUAUUUCAUGCAUUUGGAAAUUGAAUCAACGCUAUCUCCGGAAGAAAAUUGAUUUUGUCAAUGUCAGUUCACAGCUUUUGGAAGAACUGCCUAAAGUUACAGAAGAAUCUGUUCCAAGUGGAGAAAACCAGAGUGUGACAGGAGGUGAUGAAGAAGCAGUAGAUGAAUACCAAGAGUUAAAUGCAAGAGAAGAGCAGGAUAUUGAAAUAAUAAUGGAAGGCUGUGAAUAUGCAAUUUCUAAUGCUGAGGCCUUUGCUGAAAGGUUGUCCAGAGAGCUGCAGGUGCUAGAUGGGGCUAACAUCCAGUCAAUCAUGGCCUCUGAAAAACAAGUGAACAUCCUGAUGAAGCUGUUGGAUGAGGCUCUACAGGAGGUAGAUCAGAUUGAAUUUAAACUCAGCAGUUAUGAGGAAAUGCUCCAAAGUGUGAAAGAACAAAUGGACCAGAUCUCUGAAAGCAACCACCUAAUUCACCUUAGUAACACUAAUAAUGUAAAACUCCUGUCUGAGAUAGAGUUCCUUGUGAACCACAUGGACUUGGCCAAAGGUCAUAUAAAGGCCCUUCAGGAAGGAGAUCUUGCUUCUUCUAGAGGCAUUGAGGCCUGCACCAAUGCCGCCGAUGCCCUUCUGCAGUGCAUGAAUGUAGCUCUUCGACCAGGCCAUGACAUGCUCCUGGCAGUCAAACAGCAACAGCAGCGCUUCAGUGAUUUGCGGGAGCAUUUUGCCCGGAGACUGGCCAGUCACCUCAACAAUGUUUUCGUUCAACAGGGUCACGAUCAGAGUUCAACUCUUGCUCAACACUCUAUUGAACUGACUUUACCCAAUCAUCAUCCAUUUCAUAGAGACUUGCUCCGAUAUGCCAAGCUGAUGGAGUGGCUGAAGAGUACAGAUUACGGAAAAUAUGAGGGACUGACAAAGAAUUACAUGGAUUAUUUAUCACGACUGUAUGAGAGAGAAAUUAAAGAUUUCUUUGAAGUUGCAAAGAUCAAGAUGACUGGCACAACUAAAGAAAGCAAGAAGUUUGCUACACUUCCUCGAAAAGAAAGUGCUGUCAAACAGGAAACAGAGAGUCUUCAUGGAAGUUCUGGGAAAUUAACUGGAUCUACUUCUAGUCUAAAUAAACUCAGUGUUCAGAGUUCAGGGAAUCGCAGAUCUCAGUCAUCUUCCUUGUUGGAUAUGGGAAACAUGUCUACUUCUGAUCUCGAUGUUGCGGAUAGAACCAAAUUUGAUAAGAUCUUUGAACAGGUACUCAGUGAACUGGAGCCCCUGUGUCUAGCAGAACAGGACUUCAUAAGUAAAUUUUUCAAACUACAGCAACAUCAAAGUAUGCCUGGAACUGUGACUGAAGCAGAUGACCUCGAUGGAGGAACGUCAUCAAGGCAACAUAAUUCUGGCACACCAUUGCCCGUUUCAUCUGAGAAAGAUAUGAUCCGCCAAAUGAUGACUAAAAUAUUUCGCUGCAUUGAGCCAGAACUGAAUAACCUAAUUGCAUUAGGCGACAAAAUUGAUAGCUUUAACUCCCUUUACAUGCUAGUGAAAAUGAGUCAUCAUGUGUGGACUGCACAAAAUGUGGACCCUGCUUCUUUUCUGAGCACUACAUUGGGAAAUGUUUUGGUGACUGUCAAAAGGAACUUUGACAAAUGCAUUAGUAACCAAAUAAGGCAAAUGGAAGAAGUAAAGAUCUCAAAGAAGAGUAAAGUAGGAAUUCUUCCAUUUGUUGCUGAAUUUGAAGAAUUUGCUGGGCUUGCAGAAUCAAUCUUCAAAAAUGCUGAGCGUCGUGGAGAUCUAGAUAAAGCAUAUACGAAACUUAUCAGAGGAGUGUUUGUUAACGUGGAGAAAGUAGCUAAUGAAAGCCAGAAGACCCCCAGAGAUGUAGUUAUGAUGGAAAACUUUCACCAUAUUUUUGCAACACUUUCUCGUUUGAAAAUCUCAUGUCUAGAAGCUGAGAAAAAAGAAGCCAAACAAAAAUACACAGAUCACCUGCAGUCUUACGUCAUUUACUCUUUGGGGCAGCCUCUUGAAAAAUUAAAUCAUUUCUUUGAAGGCGUUGAAGCUCGUGUAGCACAAGGUAUAAGAGAGGAAGAAGUAAGCUAUCAACUUGCAUUUAACAAACAAGAACUUCGUAAAGUUAUUAAAGAGUAUCCUGGAAAGGAAGUGAAAAAAGGUCUAGAUAACCUCUACAAGAAGGUCGAUAAACAUUUAUGUGAAGAGGAGAAUUUACUUCAGGUGGUCUGGCACUCCAUGCAGGAUGAAUUUAUACGCCAGUACAAGCACUUUGAAGGUUUGAUAGCUCGAUGUUAUCCUGGAUCUGGUGUUACAAUGGAAUUCACUAUUCAGGACAUUCUAGAUUAUUGCUCCAGCAUUGCACAGUCUCACUAAACUUUAUGAAAGAAGAGAAGAUAAAUGAAGAAACCACUCUGAGUAUACUAGACACUAUCGAAAAUAUCAGCAACUGUUUUGAGAACCCAGACUUGAAAUUUUAUGUAUUUAAAUGUCAAAUAAAUGGAUAACACCAUACUACACAUAUUCAAGAGCAAAAAGUAUCAACUUAUAUAACAGUUUUAUUUAAUCAAUAGGAUGUGUGCUAACUUAAAGCAUUUAUCUUAUAAAAUGCCUUUAGCAUUUUUUCUAUGACAGAACAAUUUUCCUUUAUUGCCUAGCUUCUUGUAUUUGUGAGUGGUUAUUCUAUGAGUAAUGCAUUGGGAGUUUUCAGCUUCCACUAAAAUCAUGUAACUACUAAACAUUGUACAGAACUUUUUCCCUCUUUCUAUAGGUAUAUGAUAAGGGAUCUUGUAGUGAUCAGUUAUAAGCACAGAUUUUGAAAAUUAUGUGAACAUGUGGUAAUGACUCUGAAAUAAAGAAAUUUUCAAAAAAGUUGAAGUUUGGUAUUAUUAGAUCUGUUACAUGCUUAAAAGAUCAUUACUCAAAAAAGUUCUUACAUGUUCAUCUAUAUAUAUAAAAGGCUAAGUGACCGAAUAUACGUCCAUCCAACUGGCCAGUACAUAUGAUUUGCACUGGCAAUUUUUU